UCCGGCACAGGCGGCGGGGCCGGAGCGGCCGGAGCGCGGCCGUGCCCGGUGUCCGUGCCCGCUGUGCCCGCUGUGCUCGGUGUCCCCGGUACCCGCUGUCCGGCACCGUCCCUGCCCGGUGCCCUCGUCCCCGUGAUGACUCUGGAGGAGCUGCCCGGGGAGCGCCGCGCCGCCGGGAGGAUGGAGCAGGCGGGGGACGCGCUCGAGGAGGUGCUGAGCAAGGCGCUGAGCCAGCGGAGCCUCACCCUCGGCGUCUACGAGGCGGCCAAGCUGCUCAACGUGGACCCCGAUAACGUGGUGCUGUGCCUGCUGGCGGCCGAGGAGGAGGAGGCGGGGGACGCGGCGCUGCAGAUCCACUUCACUCUGCUGCGGGCCUUCUGCUGCGAGAACGACAUCAACAUCCUGCGCGUCAGCAACCCGGCGCGCCUGGCGCAGCUGCUGCUGCCCGCCGCGGGCCCCGACCCGCCCGCGGACCUGCACUGCGUGCUCGUCACGAACCCGCAGGCGUCGCAGUGGAAGGAUCCAGCGCUGAGUCAGCUGAUGUGUUUCUGCCGGGAGAGCCGGUACCUGGACCAGUGGGUGCCGGUGAUCAACCUCCCGGAGCGGUGACCCCCGGCCCGGCCCCGCCGCAGAGCUGCAAGGACUUUCCGCAGUUGCUCAGGAAGGAGGGAAUUCCCUGCCCCGGCUCCAGGGAUUCCGCGGGGAGGGGAGGGAGGAAAAAUAAAAACCCAACAAUAACAGCAAGAGGAAAAAAAAAAAAAAAAAAAAAAAAAAAAAAGAUAGAAAAUAAUACAGCUCAAAGUGAUGCCGUGGGGUGGGGAAGGGAGGGGGUUUGGCUGUUAGUGGAGCGAUGUGUGGGGCUGGAGCCGAGAGAUGCCGAGGGGAAAAAAACCAGGAAUGAGCCCAGCCCGAGUGCCCAGAGCGCCCUCCCGGGAACUCCCCGCACUCUUUCUGUCCUUAAGUGCCACUUAAAGUUCCUGCUUUAAACACCUUAACGAGCAAACAAGGUUAAUCGAGGCCUUUUGCCAGCAAAACGUUGUUGUAUUUUUCGGGAUGUUAAUUCUCGCCUUUUUAUGCUAAGAUAUAUAAUAAUAAUAAUAAGUUAUUUUCUGAUAUUGAUGGAAAAAAUUAUUUAUACUCGGAGGUUUGAGAACCGAAAUGCCCUCAAGCAGUUGGUCUGCAACCACAAAUCUUCUCCCAGCUGGCUGCAAAAGCAGCGCCCUUAAUAUAAUCGUUUGAAAUUUGAGUGGGUUUGGUUUUUUGGGGGGGUUUUGGUGUUCUUGUUUCAUGUUUUGUUUGUUUGGUUUUUUUUUUU